CUCUAAAUCCCAAUCCUCAUUCUUCCCCGUGUAAAAAAGUUAACAAUCGCGAAAUAGCCUUGUCAUACCCGCUCACCCGCUCACCACCAAUACUGCAAUUGGACUCCGUCGACAAUCGCAUAUCCCCACGCGCUCGACAAGGUCCAUCCCCAACUCACCUUUGAACACUCCAAACUACACCGCGACGACGAAGACGCGCCCUCCAAAAUGGCCAACUUCCUCGCGUCCAUCUUCGGCACAGAGCAAGACAAAGUCAACUGCUCCUUCUACUACAAGAUCGGCGCAUGCCGGCACGGCGACCGCUGUUCCCGCAAGCACGUGAAGCCCUCGUACUCGCAAACCAUCCUGAUGCCUAGCAUGUACCAGAACCCAGCGCACGACCCCAAAUCCCGCCUGACGCCCGAGCAAUGCAUGAACCACUUCGAUGCCUUCUACGAGGACCUGUGGUGCGAGCUCUGCAAGUACGGCGAGCUGGAAGAGCUCGUCGUCUGCGACAACACCAACGACCACUUAAUCGGCAACGUGUACGCCCGUUUCAAGUACGAAGAUUCUGCCCAGAAGGCUUGCGACGAGUUGAAUAGUCGCUGGUACGCCGGCCGGCCUAUAUACUGCGAGUUGUCGCCCGUGACGGACUUCCGGGAAGCGUGUUGUCGUCUGAAUUCGGGCGAGGGCUGCGUGCGCGGCGGGUUUUGCAACUUCAUCCAUCGAAAAAAUCCCACCCCGGAACUCGACCGUGAGCUCACGCUCGCAACCAAGAAAUGGCUCAAGAUGCGCGGCCGCGACGAGAAGAGCGUUUCCCGGAGUCCGAGUCCCGAGCCCACGCGUCGGAGGUUCUAGGAGAGCGAUAGCAGAUGCAGUAGCAGAGCAGGAGGAGUAACGACGGAGGGGAAAAGAGAACAAGACCAGGUCGACCGCAGUUCUGGAUGUCAUACAACAUAUGGAACUCACAGCUUUUGAUUCCCGCCAUUUGC